AUGACCCUUGUAAAAUCCCAACCUCCCCUUAAUAACGGGCAUGUCAAAAAUGAGGCUAAAGCUUGGGCGCAAAACAAGCUUUCGCAGAUGACUCUUGAAGAAAAAGUCCUUUUGCUCACGGGCGAGGACUUGUGGAGGACCAACGCAGUUCCUCGGCUUGGUGUUUCCAGAAUCAAGACCUCGGAUGGACCUGUAGGUGUCCGUGGGGGCAUUUUCACAGACGGAGUCAGCGCUGCUUCAGCACCUACUGGGGUUUCCCUAGCAGCGACUUGGGAUUUAUCUGUCAUUAGAGAUGUUUGCAGCGUUUUGAUCCACGAGGCCAAGAGCAAGGAAGUCGAUGUUCUGCUCGGACCAACGGUUUGCAUUCCCAGAACACCACUCGGCGGCCGCAACUUCGAAGCCUACAGCGAAGAUCCCUACCUGACCGGUAAAAUCGCCGGUGAGUUCAUUAAUCGUCUCCAAGAUGCCGGCAUUGGCGCUUGUAUCAAACAUCUUGCUGCGAAUGAUCAAGAAACGCGACGCUUCUUUAUCGAUGAGAAGAUUCCGGACCGAGCUCUGCGAGAAAUCGCCCUACAGCCGUUUCAGAUCGCCAUUCGUGAUAGUAAUCCUUGGACGGUUAUGACGGCUUACAACAAAAUCAACGGGACAUUCUGCUCCGCUCAUGAAUUCCUGAUUCAGGAUGUUCUUCGUAAGGAAUGGGGAUGGGAUGGUCUUGUGAUGAGUGACUGGUUUGGCACGAAUAGUGUUGUUCCAUCUGUGAGGGCAGGGCUUGAUCUUGAGAUGCCGGGCCCUGUGCGGCGCAGAGGCAAACAUCUUAUCGAUGCGUACCAGAAAGGCCUGGUUGAUCUAUCCUUCAUCGAUGCCUCGGCUUCGAGAGUGCUCGAGCUUGUACAUAAAAUUGGAAAGAGCAACAUUCCUGAUUGGAAGGAAGGCAACGAAAAGGCAGAUGAUCUUCCUGAACACCGGGCGAUUUUUCGUCGAGCUGGCGCCGAAGGUAUUGUUCUGCUCAAGAACUCAGCCAAACUUCUUCCUCUGUCUAGUUUGGGCGGAAGAAGAAUCGCUAUCCUUGGCCCCAAUGCUCUUCGGUCCGUAGCUACAGGUGGAGGUAGCUCCAACCUUGCGCCUCACUAUCGCACAACGCCGUACGAAUCGAUCAAAUCCGAAAUAGCCGCCAAGUUUCCUACAGCCAAAGUUCAAACCCAUGCAGGUAUCCUCACUCAUCGAUACAUCCCGCUUGUCGAUCCAGCUGUCAUGACAAACCCAGAGACUAGAAAGCCUGGCUUUCAACUAUCCCUGUUUCGAAACAUGAACCACAGUGGUCAACCUUUCAUGAUUGAGCAUAGACCUAGCUCCAACUUGGUCUGCUACGAUGGACUGCCUCCAGAGUUGACGACUGGCGAAAGAUACUCAUACAGGGGACGGACUAUCCUCAAACCAAAGACUACUGGUCUCCAUGAGUUCUCACUUUCUUCAUGUGGUCCAGGAAGGCUCAUGCUUGAUGGACAAGUCAUCAUCAAUAUCGAACGACAUUGGUGGUCUCCCAAGUCUUCUCUGUUCAUGAGUUACGGUUCGCCCGAGGAGAGAGUCAAAAUAUACAUGGAAGCUGGUCGAGAGUAUGAACUACUUCUUGAGUCCAUAAGUCGAGAGCCUAAGCCAUACGACCUUGAUUACAUGGCGGAGCUUGAACGCGAGGAAGUCCAAGAUGGUGGCCGUAUUGGCUUCAUGGAGAACCCCGGCGAUCUAGACAAGUUCUUCCAGGACGGUGUUGAUAUGGCUCGGGAUAGCGACAUUGCUAUUGUCGUGGUGGGUAAAGAUCAUGAGUGGGAGACAGAGACCAGCGACAUGGUUUCAAUGGACUUGCCCGGGCGAUCAAACGAGUUCAUCAGCUCUGUAGCUUCAGUGAACCCCAACACCAUCGUGGUCAACCAGACGGGCAGCCCUAUCACCAUGCCCUGGAAAGAUGAGGUCUCUGCCAUCGUCCAGGCCUGGUAUCAAGGACAGGAGCAGGGAAACUGUCUCGCAGACGUGCUUUUGGGUACAGUGAACCCCAGUGGAAAGCUACCCAUUACCUUUCCCAAGCGCAUCGAAGAUACUCCACCUUACGAUAAUUAUCCUGGUGAGAAUGAUGUGGUUUAUUACGGGGAGGGCAUCUACGCAGGCUAUCGCUUCUACGAUCAUCGCAAGAUCGAACCUCUUUUCCCCUUUGGUGCCGGGUUGUCGUACACCACGUUUGAGUACGGUAACAUGCGUAUCAGCAGCCCUGAGUAUCAUGAAGAAGUGGGUAUCGAAGUUGAAGUGGAUGUCACCAACACGGGAUCGCGGGAUGGAAAGGAGAUCGUCCAGUUCUAUGUUGGGCAAAAUAACCCGAGGCUCCAUCGACCAGUGAGGGAGCUGAAGGGCUGGGACAAAGUCUUUGUCCGUGUCGGUCAGACUGUCACUGCGCGUAUGAAGAUUGACAAGGUCAGUCUGUCAUACUGGGAUGAUAGCGUCAAUAAGUGGGUGGUGGACAAAGAUUCCGAGUAUCGCGUGACAGCGGCCAAGGACUCGAGGGACGAGGGGUUGACAGUUUACUUUCGGUCGCCGAAGGAGCAUCAGUGGAUCAAUUAG